AUGUUGCAGUUUAGGACUUCCUAUGUAAUCAGCUUUCUUCUGUCUCUUGAUGUCUCUGCACAGAGAUGGAAUCUGUUUGAUGUCCAGGCAAAAAGACAGGCACAAGAGGGUGGCCUGAGACUUGUGGGUAGUGACCAGCCCUUUGCAGGUCGUGUCGAGUUGUACCAUGAUGAACAGUGGGGGACGAUCUGUGAUGAUAACUGGGACCUGGCUGAGGCAAAAGUGGUGUGUCAGCAGCUUGGAUUCCCAGGAGCUGUCUCAGCCCCAGCUGGAGGAACAUAUGGACAAGGCUCUGGUCCUAUUUGGCUUGAUGAUGUGAGCUGCAAGGGAUCUGAGAGUUUUUUGUCUAGCUGUCAUUUUAAAGGUUGGGGUGUAACUGACUGUUCCCACAAAGAAGAUGCCGGUGUAGUCUGUGAGCAAGAUAAAACCAUGGACGGUGACAGCACGUUUGCCAUGGAUCACAGCCUGGGCUUGUCUAAAGAGCUUGGUGCACUUUUUGAUAGCCAGGAAAGUUGUGAUUUUAGCAUUCUGGUCCACGACCCCAGUGAGGAGCAAUCUGGACAGCAGACAAUCUGUGCCCACAGGCUGAUCCUCUCUCUCUUCCCAAGAUUUAAUAUCACUAAUAGAUCCACUAACCUUUCACUUGAGAUCAACCAAGUGUGCCAUCCACAUGUUUCCAGUUUCUUCAGGUAUCUGUACACACGCAAGAUUGACGUCACCAUCACCUCAGCCCAGUGCCUACACCAGCUGGCUCAUAUGUUUGGUUUGCAACAACUUCUGGAGGAUGUAGGCAGGGUCUUUAUUCAGCUUCUUCCUCAGGAUAGUACGUUCCGUACCCAGGUGUCCCUGUACGAGUACGGUGUCCGAACCAAGGACUUGAUGCUGCAGGAGAACGUUCUGCAGUACCUCUCCUGGAACUUUGAGUUUCUGGUUAUCACUCCAGUGUGGAAUACUGUCUCCAUACACAUAAUGGAGGCCUUGCUGUCUCGUUCAGACUUAGUGGUGAGUGAUGAAGCUUUUGUCCUUCAGGCACUGGAGGACUGGAUCAAGGACAAAGGAGAUGCGGUUAGUGCUGAGCUGAGGGUUGACUUGCUUGGUCAUAUUCGCUUCUCCAUGAUCCCAGCCGAAAAACUUUAUGAUAUUCAGUUCAACUCAAGUAUGUACAACGAUGAUGAUUUAUUUUACAGCAAGGCUUUGAUGAAAGGUUUCCAAUUCAAUAGUCUGUCAUUCUCAAAGAUCAGGAAGCAUUUCAAUAACAUCGAAGACUAUCUGCCAAGAGUGUACAUUGCAGAACCAUGGAGCACCGUCAUCAAUUACACUUCCAACAGUAUGUUAUACAAUUACCAUAACUACAAUUCCCGCUCAUUCAGUACUCCCGUUCACAACAGUGCGAUUUACAAGCAGCAAAUAAUGACCUGGAAUGCACAUGUUUAUCUACAUAGUUGGGAAUGUUCUAACAGUGGUUUAAUCUGUAAUUCUUUUCCUGUGGUAAGGCUCUAUAACUUUAACCACAAUAAUGUACAGGACAUCAUACGCUUCAGCAAUAUGGUGAUUCUUACCUGCAUCAAUGAAAAUAUUGUGUUUCAUGUCCAAGAUUUCAAGAACGAUAGGGCUGAUAUUCCAACCAACAGCAGCAUGGGUCUUCCUAAUCCUUGUCCUGACAACUAUAGCAUUACUUUUGUUGUGCGUCCAGAGUAUAUCUGAUUAUAUUUUUCUGCAAACCAUUUUUUUGUUUUGUUUUCAUUGUAUUUACCAGGGCAGUGAUAGUACAGUGGUAAAUGUACUGACUUUACUAGUGAUCAGAAGGUUACUUGUUAAAGCAGCACCACUGCCAGCUUGUCUUAACCCUCAGUUGCUUGCAUUUUAUAUUGUCUUAUUUUGCAUCUUCUUCUAAAUGUCUUCUAAAUGCAAUAAAUGUAUAAUGUAUCAGUUUCAUUAUAGAAAGUUUAAACUGG